AUGCUAUCAACAAUAGAAAAUGAAGCAGACUUAUCGAAAACGUGGCGUCUCAUGACAAAAGUUAAGGAUGCACUUGAGUACGGAAAACGCUUAGAGAAUCUUUCGUGGCGUCUCUGGUUUAUGCAUCAUCAGAUGGUGCAUGAUCCGAAAACACAGUCAAAAUUUAAGAAGUUGUCCUCAAUGACGACAAAAAAGCUUGAUAACGAGAAGGCUACACACGUUAGUAAACUUACCGUACCUAUUUAUCGUCCGCGUCAAGAAAGUCAUCAUGAUAAUAGUAAACGAGGAAGAAACAAACGUAAUCACAAUGGUGGUGCUGGAGGUAGUGGCAAUAAUAAUAAAAGACAACAGGGAAUUCCUACGUCUGGCAAGAAAGGUGGCGCAAAUAGUCAAAAAAAUACGUCAAAAGAUAAGAAUGCAACAAAUAUUGGUAAUAAUAUUACCACAAAACUUGAACCUACGACUAUUGCAUCUGUUGAAGAUAUGGGCAGAGACUUGAAUUCACAAGAUAAUCAACAAUCUGGGAAUAAUUAUUCAAUCGUCUCAAGAGAUGAGGAUGAUGUCAUGAUUGACAACUCUGCUAUGGGCAAUAAUUUGACAGUCUGUGAUAAUGAUCUGAAUGAAGCUUAUCCUUUCGAUAUUAAUGUGGGAGGAAGUAUGACAAAUGUUGAGGGAAAUAUCUCACCCUUAACUCACUCAUCCGAUUCCCUAGACGAAGAAAAUAAUGACAUCUCCGCAUCAGUUCUCCGUCAUCAUCAUCAACACAUCGCUGAUUCAGAAUUAUCUAAUGACACGAGUAUGCACGAUUUUUCCAGUGAAUACGUAUUAUAUCAAUACACUAGCGAUCAAGAGAGAGAUGCUGUCUUAAGACUACCCGAUCUAGAAAGAGAUGCGGUCUUAAGAUUGCCUGGCCAAUUUGUCGGUUAUGAUACUUUUGUAUAUUUGAAUCCUGCACGUAAUGCACCUACUAUGGAAUUGGAUAUGAACUCGAUGCAGAGUAGAAUGCCGGAAUUUUCUUCUUCAGAUUCAUCAGAGCCAACUUCCCCUACCGGAGAUUUUGAAUUUUAUAAUAAUUCGAUGUUAUCGGUGACAGCAGCUGAUGGAAGGAUUGGACAGCAAUCAUCUUCGGGAAUACAAUCAAAUCUAACAUAUAUUAACGAGCCAUUAGUCGGAACAUCCUCUUCUGGAAUACACAGUGCUGUAUAUGUUCCUCGGAAUCCAUCUUCCACAGAUAUAAAUAAUAGUCUCAUGACAGCUUUGAAUUCAGGGCUUAAUUCCUCGAAUGUUAAUUUAUCGGCUAAUAAUUUAAUGGGAGGAGUAUCAGGCAAUAAUAAUCUUUUAUAUUCACAAGCUGUUACCUCACCACACUCGUCAAAUCGUCAAACAUCAACGGCAACCUCAGUAUCAUCGACGACAGCAUCAUCAGCUACUACAUCCGAAAAUCGACCAAAGAAAACACAUUCAAACGGUGAUCAACAAUGUUUCAAUUGUGGUGUGACUUCUACUCCCCUUUGGAGACGAUCAGCUAAUGAUGAGCUCUUGUGCAAUGCAUGUGGUCUAUAUUUGAAAUUACAUAAAAUGGCACGACCAAAAACAAUGAAGCCACAUAUUGUACGAAAAGACGCACGAGAAGAUGAAACUACUCAACCCGUUUGUUCUAAUUGUAGUACGAUGACCACACCGCCAUUAUCGAUGAAGACUGAUGUGAUUAAAAAACGUCAACGAUACGAAAAUGGACAAAAUCCUAAUCGUCGACCAAGAGUAUAUGGUCCAAUUAGUGUAUCACCCACGACCACUACAAUGACUAUUCCACCACCACAAACACCAACCGGUUCUAAUUCCAUCGGAUCAACAUCGACUCCAUCGAUGAAUGUUCCAACUACGCUUGGACCCAUCAAUUUAGUAGACCAAGAACACCAUCAUAUUUCCUCGAUAUCAAUGCCAACGAAUUCUUCGAUGACUGCAGCUGCUUCAAGCCGAUCUUUACACGGAAGUUUUCCGUAG